AUGAGGGCAGCUUGCACAUUUGAGGUUGUCCGUAGGAAGCAUGCGUUAUUCAGCUUUCAUAAUUUCAUGCGCAAAAAAUCAUCCAAAGUCAUAGAGUUACUGACACAAGAUGGAAGAGUUUGUAACCACUUUAUUGAAACAUUGCUGGGGAUGUUACAAAGCACUGAAGAUGGUACUGCGCUGGAUGUAGUUAUUGAGAUACUGGUGCAGCUAAUUGUGGAUCUCAAAUUAGAGCAGUUUCUUCACUGUGUACUGGAUGAAUGCCACAAACAGUUGUCUGAGUCUGGCUGCAUGAGAGCAAUGCUGCCUGUCUUCACCUUACUAGGAAAGCUGCUAGAUUCCAUAUCAAGCUUAGCUGAUCUUAUUGUCACCGAGCACUUCAACAUUGUAGAUCACUUACCCCAGGGGCUGAUGUAUCCUAAUGAAUUGGUGAAGGCCUCUGUAUGUUAUGUGUAUGGCAAGCUUUACUCCUCUCCCACCUCUGCAGAGAAACUUGCUGCACAUUUCACAGACAAACUUUGUGGCCUUUUUCUUGCUACUUUAGAGAAUGCACAAACUAAGGAGCUGCAGAUCAAUUGUAUGGGUUUUCUCAAACAGUUACUGAGCACUGACCAUUUCGUAUCGGUGAUAAUGAGUGAAUCGGGAUCAACUACAGAAAACUCAGAAAAUACCCCAACAUUACAGGCACAAAAUCCUUUACCUCUAGUUCUAAAAAAGCUGUUACUAUCAGGAGAAGAAACAUUGCAGAUUGCAAGUGCUCAGUGCAUUGCUGCUGUCCUUGUACACUCUACAGCUAAAUAUGCUCCGGCGUUUAUCCAUGCUGAUAUCCCAGAAUUUCUGUUUGAAAAUCUCAUGAGCACCAGUGAAAUCCUCAUCUGGUCCUUGUAUUGCUGCCUUCUGCUGAUGGCAGAAGAGAGACUCUUCUUCUCUAAAUGUCACACAGUCUAUGGGAUAGAGUCUGUAGUGAGAAGCUUGCAGGAUGUACUGCGCAUGAACAACAUGGAGCUUCACAAGCAGGGGCUCUUGCUACUUGCAGAAAUACUGAGAAGACAACCUACAGAGAUCAAGCUUUUCACUAACCCUGGAAUUUACAUGGCCACCAGCUUUGUUCUGCAAGAGGCUGUGAGCUGUCCAGUCCUUGAAGUAGCUACUGAAGCUGUGAGUGCUGCAUCAGCAUUUCUCAGGAAGGAUCACUUGAGUACCCCGGUGCAGUACCUGGAGCUGCAGAAGCUUGUCAGUAAAUUACUGGAACGUUGUGUUGACCUUCCUCCGCUCAGUAGAAGGGUUGUGGGUCAUCAGCAAAGCAGAGAUCAAGUCAGGAAUGUCACACGACAAGGACAAUUUCUUGUUAAUGCACUCAAGUGUUUUCACAAUGCCUGUAGGUUGGCUUUGGAAUGGCGGAAUGACCCGUCUGCCCAAGAAAAUGCAUUCACUGCACCAAGUUCUGAGAGCAAGGAUACAUUAGAGAGCUUCUUCUUCCUCUUAAAUAUCUGUGAUAGUCUGUGUAUUCCCACUGUCAUGAAGUACUACGAACGCAUACCAGUUCCAACAGCAAUGGAGAUUUUCUUCUCUGUACUUCACAAUAUGUUUGCAGUAGUUCCCAAUAUGAAAGCGACAUUUUCUAAGAAACUGGCUUCCACCUCAUUCAUCAGAUUGGCUCUGGAGAUGAAGUCAUCAUUGUGCUCAGGGCAGCGGUAUCACAGUCUGAACCAGGCAUGCUCUGACUUCCUCUGCAGUUUGUCUUGUAAUUUGUGGAGAGCAACAAUGGGUCAAGGAGACGAUUCUCACUAUGAGGUGACUGACCUUCUUCAGAGAAGCCUGAUCCACCUGAGCGGAAGUAUUUCUGAAAGUCUUUCGCUUUUACUGGAGUCUCCAGAUACCCACAGUACAGACGAGGCUCUGAGAUGUCGCCAGCAUGCGCUCCUUAUUAUUUUCUCUGUUGCUUAUGAUAUGGAAGACAAGUUUGUACCAGAGACUGAUUUAUUUGUGGCUCUGCAAGGUUUCCUCCAUUCUGUGCAGAGCCAGGGUGUCUGUCUUCCUCCGUAUGUGUUCCGAGCUGUUCUUCACCUUCUGGCCAUUUGUCAGGAGAAGUGUCAAGCUCUGAGCUCGGCGUCUCUGAGUGGAAUUUGUAGGAUUCUAGAAACGUUUCCUGACAUACAAGUUAUCUACUUUCACCACCCCCUCUUUCUUCAGUUCUUCUUCUGUUAUCCCCAGCUCAUGGAUGGGUUUGGCCACAGGAUCUCUGAGCUGUGGGUCUCCAAUGAAGAUUGCAGCCACGUUAGUGAGGGUGGGCUGUCACCUGGAGCUUCAUGUCUAACUGGACCAAUUACCACUAAUUACUGUACCUUACUACCAAUGCUACAUAUUCUGCGCAGUAAUCCUAACUCAAUGCUUAUUUUAUUGGUUUCUGACAAAGAACAUUUUGUUUUUCAGGAUGUGAUUGUCAGGGGCCCUGUUGAUUUGGCUCACAAAGUAUUGAUGAUUUUAAAGAUUUUCUUAGAAACUUAUGACAACCCACUGGUCUCAGAUCUGCUUAAGAGUCGGCUCCUGCAAGUGCUGCAGAGAACUGUGCUGGAGAACAGCUCUGCAGGGUUACAGGUACAUAAGAACCUGACAUUAACUUUGAGCCUCAUGUACCUGGUCCAGCUUAAACAACAGCCAGAAAAGGUUAUGGGUGGCACUGAUUUUAAACUUCUUAACCAAGUGAGUAGUUUGUGUGGUAAGUGCAGUCCAUGCAGUGUGCGCAUCCUCCAGCCGUCCUUCAACUACAUAUACUGUUGUCUACACCAGGCAAGUGGCAACUGCAGAAUGAGAGCCACAGCCCUGCUGCUCUCUAACACUUCUAUGAUGGAACUAAUAGAGAGCAUUCUGGAGCUUACAUGGACAGAUGCCUCUACAGCCUCCAGUGAUUCUUUGGAGGCUCUCUGCUCCUCCGCCUGGCUCAUUGCAUCCUCUUUGGUGUGUUUUCAGCAUAGCUACAACUUGGAGGUCCACCAGCCCGUGAAUGUGGAUGUGGAUAAAAUGCUGAAUCUAAUUUCCUUUAGGAGUAAGGAGAAGGCAUCACUGCUCAUAGUGAGCAUUAUCCUGCUAUUGAAAUCAGUGCUGAGACAAAGCUUCUCUUCUUCUGUGCUGACACUUGUGCUGUCAGAAAAGAGGGACCAGUCGCAGCCGGAAGUUGAUGUAGCUCUGCAACCCCUGAGCACGCACAGUGUGCGCUAUCUACUAGCUGCACUGCAGAAUUUUAUGAUACAGUGUGCUGCUCAUUGUGAGAUCCUUAGAACUGUAUUUGCACUUCCUAAGAUGGACCCAUCUACGGAAAGUAGUUAUCUGCAGCUGAGAAAACAGAGAGCUACUGAUGCAAGGUUUUUGCUCAGCCCUCCUGUGCUUCAAGGACAAAGCAGAGGCUGCAAACCAGGAAUCACGGACUCAUUUUCGAGUGCAGCACUUCAUGUGGUAUCACAGCCCUGGAACCAGCUAGUGCUCUUCACCUCUAUGAGCGGCGCAGAUAACAUUUUUCUACAGCCUGGAAUUCUUCGUUUGCUGAUGCUGUUUGUGAAGUAUGAGAAUAGUAACGUUGUUACCAAAAGGGAGGUGAAGCAAAUACUUGAUGAGGCAACAAAGCUCAAACUAUCGGACCUUCCUCCUGCCGCUGCUCAGAAUUUGCACCUCUUCCUGCAACAGCUUCAGAACACAGAAUACACUGCCGGACCAGCAGAGAAAGCAGCAGUGCGGGAUCUCUUGAAAACCAUAGGUUGUAUGGAUACUGCACUAACCUCAGACAUAUUAUGCGUAGGAGACAUUGCAGUGUCACUGUCCCAUGUAUCAGGAUAAACAAGUACGCACAGAAAUGUCUGAGAGUACCCAAACCUCUCCAUGAUGUGACCCUACACAGAUGGCCGAGAGUACCAACCUGCUCCAUGAUGUGAUCUUUCAUAGAUGUCGAAGUACCAACCUGCCCCAUGAUAUCAUCUCCUCACAAAUGACUUAGAGUACUGAAAGCGCCUAGGUAUAUGAGCCCUCACUGAUGUCCGAUAGUCCUCAAUCCACCCAUGGCAUGAACUCCUCUCUGAAUGAAUACUUCCCUAUGCCCCAUAACAUGACAGCAUCAAGAUGUGGACAUGUGCUGUUCUUUUAUACUGUAACUACAUUUAUAUAACAUCCACUGUGUAUUGGGUUUAUAUAAACAUAAAUAAAGCUUCUAAUAAUGA